GUAUAUCCAUAUCCUCUUGACUUAUUCUUUUAUCCCCUCCAAGUGACGGCGUGUUCUCAUCUCUCCUCUAUCCUCUUCUCCUCGCCAUGGUCUCAUCCUGGCAAGAUGCCGCCGAACCUCGAAGACAACCACCCUGUGGCCCUGGCCGGCCAAACAGCCAGCGCCCACACCCACGAUGCUCCCUAUGAAGAAGGUCAGGACUACUGUCGUAUCUGCCGUGGUGAAGGCACCCCUAGUCAACCUCUCUUCUAUCCUUGCAAAUGCAGCGGCAGUAUCAGAUUCGUCCAUCAAGAAUGUCUCAUGGAAUGGCUGUCUCAUUCUCAGAAGAAAUACUGCGAACUAUGCAAGACGUCCUUUCGCUUCACCAAACUCUACGAUCGAUCCAUGCCUGCAACCCUACCGCUUCCCCUCUUCAUUGGUCAACUUGUAAGACACGGAGUAAAAGGGGUACUCCGCUGGACACGCUAUGUUAUCGUCGGUCUGAUAUGGAUCUGUUGCCUGCCAUGGUGUAUACGACAAAUCUGGCGUGGAAUGAUCUGGUUUGCCGAUGGAAACUGGCUAGAUGAGGAGCAAAUGCAGUUGAUGACGGCGACUACGUCCAACAUGACUUCUACAGUCGCGUCGAACAUGUCACUCGAUGCCUUUGCCCUCAACUUCACGAUGCCUGAAUAUCUUGAAAGGAUAAAACUGGUUUUCCCUCCUAUGCAACUCUCCUUGGCUGAUAUCGCUCGGAUCUUUCUCAGUCGAGGCCUUGUAGGAAGGGUAUUCCAACUCUUUCUGUCCAUCUUCAUGCCAGGCUUGGGGGAACACCCACGUCCGGUAUCCUCGUCCAAUAUGACUCUGCCUCUGGGCACGGUUAGACGUCCACCUUCCCUUCUGUCCGAGGUUGAGUUCCUGGCUACCUUGACCGAUGUUCCUGCUGUCAACAGCAUAUGCAUUGAUGUCGUUGAAGGCCAACUGAUAUGUAUUUCUCUGGUCACUGCAUUUAUUCUGGUGUUCUUAAUUCGAGAAUGGGUGAUAAAUCAGCAGCCAAACCUGAACAUGCCAGACCCUGACCUCGCCGAUGCUGCAGAAGACGCUCGGAAUGAGAUCCCGGAACAACAGCCGACUCAUCCAGCUCCACCUGAAGAGAACCACGAUGUGGCUGUUCAAGGACCGGUGCAAAGACCAAUAGCCAUUCCAAGAUUACGCCGGGUAGUGACAGACGACAACAUCUUGAAUGACACAGGGACUGUUUUGGCCAGACCAAAUUUCACUGCCAGAUCACAAAGCGUAGGUCAUGACAACACACAGGAGUCAGAACCCGAGAUUUCCAUUGGUGAAAGUUCUGCGAUAGCCGAUGACACGGAGCCUCGACCGGUGAGAAGACACAGUCUCAGCAAUUCUAUUCUCGUUCAAAGAGGAUUCGAAGUGACCAGUGCUCCCGAAGCUGCUCAUAGGGAGAGAUUUCCGGUAUAUUUCGACAACUCUACCUCCUCUGACGAACCCGAAUUUUUCGAUGCAAGACAAUUAGCGGAAAUUGAUGCUCAGGAUGUGGAUGCUUCCUCGUCUAUGGCAACGCAUAGUGGCAGUCGCCGAGUGUCGUUCAAAACCAACGCUGAUACUGUUGGGGAAGACAGCGAGUCUCGAAACUGGAACAGAAUAGGCGCAAUUGAAGAUGAGACUGAUUCAGAAGGCGUGAUCAUCCCGACACCCGCCUCGAGCGAUGCUGGCCAACCGAAUCAAACAGUCGAGGCGACCACCGUUGACAGUCCUGGCUCUUCGACCAGCAACCAAGAGCCACACGGGGAAGAGGGCAAUCGACUAUCGUGGUGGGAAGAGAUCGCACGUUGGCUUUGGCCGGCUGAAAACUUCGACAACGUCCAAGUUCUUGCUGAAGCCCAACUUGAUGCUGCAGAGGGAGGCCAAGAUGAUGAAGAAAUCAUGGAAGAUGCCUUGGCUGGAGCCCCAUUCGUGCCAAACCACCAUCGAGAUCCGCUUCCUCAGCCUCAAGCUCCUGCUGUCGAUGCGGCUGACGUCCCAGGUCAUCAGCCCAACAUCGUGCUUGGUGUCGAUCUCAAUGAUCCCAAUGCUGCAGAAGAUAUCGAAGAUCUGGAUGGCGUCCUGGAGCUGCUCGGUAUGGAGGGUCCCAUUUUUGGCAUGAUUCAAAACGUCAUCUUCAGUCUUUUCCUGAUCACGAUAACUCUGUCAGCCAGUGUUUGGUGUCCUUACAUCUGGGGCAAGAUUGCACUCUUAUUCAUGCAUAACCCUGUCAUGCUGAUCAAGGCACCUCUGCUGGUUUUAUCCACGACUGCCGACAUGGCGGUCGAUGUCUUCUUUUUCGUGGCUGGCCUUGGCGGCUUCAUUCUUAAUCAACCACUUAAGAUCAUCAAGGCCAUCAUCUCACCGUUCCUGCCAGCCCUCACUAGCAUCGUGGACCCUACGUUUCUGGAAGGCUUUACGCUCGAUCUAAGCCAAAAGAGUGGUGCACGCUUAGAAAAGACUUUGUCGGGCGCCAUCCUCAACCUCAAGCCUGACUUACCGACCUUUUCCAUCAUGGCGCACCAUGCCCUGGUCUCCUACAAAGCCUCGUUCCGCGACACUGUACAAUGGGCAGUCUCCGCAGUCUCCUGGAUUCAGGACGUUGCGGCAGGUGAUUCUCGGCCUUUAUAUACGAUGCUUGAGCGGUUCGGACCAGGAGUCAGAUCAGCCCCCCAGUUUCUAGCGAAGCUUCCUCAGCUCAUGGGACCCACAUUAGAUGCGAUUCGUACCUUUCCACAAGAUUUGAUUACCACAUCAGGCAAACCUUCAUUCGAGGUCGACCAGUCCCUGGUUGAAUGGAGCACGGAGGACAGGAUCAUCACAAUCCUGAUUGGAUAUGCCUUCUUUGCAGCGGCCGGGGUUUUGUUCAUGGAAUUUGCCCAUAUGAUCAUGGGCCUCAAUCACAACGAGAAAGUUGAAGGCUAUCUUGCCGACAGCCUCCGACAAGCUGGAGGCGUCAUGAAAGUCAUCGUCAUCAUCGGACUCGAAAUGUUACUAUUUCCGCUCUAUUGCGGACUGCUCCUCGAUGUGGCCCUUUUACCGUUAUUUGCAGACGCCACCAUUGCUGGACGGUUUGCUUUCAUCGCCCGAGCUCCUUUUACAGGCGUCUUCAUUCACUGGUUCAUCGGAACUUGCUAUAUGUUCCACUUCGCUUUGUUUGUAUCAAUAUGUCGAAAGAUCAUGCGCACCGGCGUUCUUUAUUUCAUCCGGGAUCCUGACGAUCCAACGUUUCAUCCGGUACGAGAUGUGCUUGAGCGACCUGUACCAGCCCAAUUGGGAAAAAUUGCAUUUUCGGCAUUGGUCUACGGCGGCCUUGUUAUUGUGUGCUUAGGUGGAGUGGUAUGGACGUUGAGCUGCGUUCCCGGCGUUUUGCCUAUACAGUGGGCAACUCCUGAACCGAGAUUGGCGUUUCCGGUCGACAUCCUCUUCUACAACUUUAUGCUGCGGUAUGUCUUACGAAUGGCGGAACCCUCGAAAAAGAUUUCAGCAGUGUACAAAUGGUGGUUCCGAGGUUGUGCUAGAAGUCUGAGGUUGACAAAUUUCCUCUUCGGAGAAGAAGCACAAGACGAAACAUACAGUACCACAAAUCGACUCUGGGGUCUCUUUACCGGCAAAAAGGCGAGCACAGCGCUACUUAAAGACGGCACUUAUGUUCGAGCUCCGGCAUCGGAUUCUGUACGCAUUCCUAAAGGACGAAAUGUUUUUUUGCCAGUCAACGAGCAAAACGAAAGGAUCGAUGGCCAACCUGAUGUAGACUUUGGCAAUCACGGCAAGAAAGAUACGCGAUUCACCAAAGUUUACCUGCCACCCCGGUUUGGAGCUCGAAUCUCAACGUUUGUCUUUCUGCUAUGGGUGUUCGCUGCCACAACCGGUGUAGCCUUCACCAUUGGACCUCUCUUGCUCGGUCGACUGGUUCUCUAUUUUGUAACCCAAUCUUCCCUUCCACCGAACGAUCUGUAUGCCUUCACGACAGGCGUUCAAAUUCUAGCAGUUGUGGGUUAUGCUAUCGCUUAUGCUAGACCGGCAUUAGAUUAUGUCAAGUCUAAGAUUCCUCAAUCGUCUUGGUCUCAGGUCAUCGGGACCGCCAAGUACGUUCUCGGCUUGGUCUAUCUUCUCUCAUUCACGGCCUUAGUCCUUCCCUUUGUUCUUUCCCUCAUCCUGGAAUUGUACAUCCACAUCCCACUGGUCACAUAUAUGGCAUGGCACCGAAAGGGUUCCUCGCCGGGGGAUGCAGCCACAAUCAACCACCAUAUCGCUACCAUCUUCAUCCUCCAAUCCUGGGUCAUAGGACUGCUCUACUCACGACUCCUGUACAGACAAUUCCUGCUGCACAUGGGUCCUGGCUCUCGAAUCAGUACUACCCUGUACGCCAUCACCCGCAACGGCGUUCUCAAGCCGGACGUACGUCUCGCGAGUCGUGCGUUCGUUCUACCUGUGACGGUGGUGUGUCUGGCUCUCCUCGGCGGCCCUCUCUUUUACGCAAAGGCCAUCAUCAUGAUUGCCGGCAUCCAAGACCAGGAGGUGAAGAUACGUCUAUAUCGCUUCGCAUACCCCAGUGCCUUGGGUUUGUUGGUCACCUGGCUCGGCAUGCUGGGCGUCAAACAACAGGUUGCGAGCUGGAGGGCGAGGAUCCGGGAUGAAGUCUACCUAAUUGGUGAGCGGUUGCAUAAUUUUUCCGAGCCCAAGCCAGAUAAGGUGGUCAAGGGUAAGGCGAAGGUCAAGGACUUGUGAUUGCAUUCUUGCAUUUGGUUUGUGGUUAUAUUGUAGGCAAGGCAGGGUAAGGGUGGCAGGUCGUGUUAUCUUUAAUACCCUCGUGCCUCGCAUCAGCGCGUUCGGUCCAAAGACCAUGGAGAAUAGAAUGAACAUCACUAUAA